UUGUGGGCUGGCAUAGCGCUGGAGUGGGUGCCGGGGAACUGGAGUGUGGGGCCAGGUGGGAGCGUGGGUCCUGGUGGUGGUCCAGAGGGUGGGGAGACUGGCUCGGGGUCUGGGUUUGGAUCGGGAAAUGGUGGCGUGGAGUGGACGGAGGGUGGAGAAAUGCUGAGCGCCAUCUGGGAGACAGAAGGGCUGCAGACGGUGGGCAUUGUGGUGCUGGUGUUCGCUUCCAUCAAACUGCUGCACCUUCUGGGGCUCAUCAGCUUCUCUGAGGACAGCGUUGAAGAUGAGCUUGAACUUUCUGCAGUGCGUCAUCGCCCUGAGGGUCUGGAGCAGCUGGAAGCUCAGACCCGUUUCUCCCGCAAGGAGUUGCAGAUCCUUUACCGCGGUUUCAAGAAUGAAUGCCCCAGCGGAGUUGUCAAUGAGGACACUUUUAAAGAUAUCUACUCUCAAUUCUUCCCGCAAGGAGACGCUUCAACAUACGCACAUUUCCUGUUCAACGCCUUCGACACGGAUCACAACGGCUCUGUGAGUUUUGAGGAUUUUGUUAUGGGGCUCUCCAUCCUCCUGCGAGGAACUGUCCAGGAAAAACUAAUCUGGGCGUUCAACCUUUAUGACAUCAAUAAAGAUGGAUAUAUCACAAAAGAGGAGAUGCUGGACAUCAUGAAGGCCAUUUACGACAUGAUGGGAAAAUGCACGUAUCCUGUCCUCAAGGAGGAGACGCCACGGCAACACGUAGAAGUAUUCUUUCAGAAGAUGGAUAAGAACCAAGAUGGAGUGGUAACCAUAGAUGAGUUCAUUGACUGCUGCCAAAACGAUGAAAACAUCAUGCGAUCAAUGCACCUCUUUGAAAAUGUUCUCUAA